CACGUAACUGGACGGUAUAAAAACAAGGAUGUAUGCAUUGACUUAUAUACUUUAAAUUUUGUUCAGGCAUCGCAUACGGGUAACAAAUGUCUAACGUGAAAGUCGCUCUUAUUACUGGUGCAAGCUCCGGAAUUGGUGCAGCAACUGCGGUGCAUUUCGCUAGCAUAGGCUACAGAUUAGCCAUUUGCGGAAGAGAUGAAACUGCUUUAGCAAAGACUGCCGCGCAAUGUUUGGAGGCCAAUCCCCAACUCUUGUCACAUGAUGUAUUGGCUUUGGUUGGAGAUCUGACAGCGGAAAAGGAUUGUGAGGAUGCGGUGAGCAAAACAAUAGAGCGUUUCAAAAGACUUGAUGUUCUUAUUCCAAAUGCUGGAAUCCUAGUCAUUGGGUCUCUUGAAACGCAUUCUUUGGAGGAGUAUGACCGUGUCAUGGAUAUUAACUGUCGUUCAGUCGUUGUCUUGAUGAAGUUGUGUAUCCCUCAUCUUGUCGAAUCGAAGGGAAACAUAGUUAGUGUUUCCAGCAUUUGCGGGCUGCGAGCGUUCCCCGGAUCGCUGUGCUACAAUGUUAGCAAAGCAGGCGUAGACCAACUAACUCGAUGCUCUGCACUAGAAUUAGCUCCUAAAGGAGUCCGCGUGAACGCUGUCAACCCGGGUGUGAUCAUCACAGAAUGUCAGAAACGUGCAGGGAUGACUGACGAUUUUUACGCCAAAUUCAUGGAACAUUCGAAAACGACACAUCCACUCGGGCGGCCUGGUACGGCGGAAGAAGUUGCCAAAGCGAUUGCGUUUCUUGCCUCGGACGACGCCUCUUUUAUUACAGGAGUGACGUUACCCGUGGAUGGUGGCCGGAGUGUAUCUUGUCCCCGCUAAGCAAACCAAUUAUCAAAUACAAUGAAUGCCUAAACACAA